AUGGGUGUGCAUGGUUUAACAACGUACUUACAAAGUGAUCCGGGUAAUUUUGGUGAAUAUGAACUUCACAACACAAACGUUAUUAUUGACGCACAUAAUUUUUUAAAUUUCUUGUAUUUCAAAUCCGGAAUAUAUACUCAAUUUAAUGGGGAAUAUAUGGGAUUCAGUGGGACAAUCAAUCGUUUCAUCUGCUCACUAAGACGAUGUAACGUUAAUCCUAUCUUUGUAUUUGAUGGGUGUCAUGAACCUUUCAAGUUAAGUACACAAGUGAAAAGAAAUCAUCAACGAAUGCAGACGUGUCGGAAUUUAUUAAAACAAAUUGAUCAUCAUAAUUUAUGCCCAGCUGAUAUUUCAUUAUGUGUACAAAUUUUACCACCUUUAGCUACUAUUACUCUGGUUCAGUCACUGGAAAAUUUAAAAGUUGAUUAUAUUACCUCUGACGGAGAAUCAGAUCAAGAUGUAAUAAGUCUAGGCAUUUAUUUACAAUGUCCAGUCAUAAGUAAUGAUUCGGACUUUUAUAUUACCAUACCAAGUAAUGCAGAAGGUGUCUGCUUUUUACCAAUGACUUAUAUUUCCUUUGAACCAGUCAUCAACUCCGUUAAAUGUAGUACUUGUUGUCGACGUCAGAAUAAAAUAUGCGCUUAUUUGAACUGUCAAAGGUUUCUUCCUAAUGGAUCAGGUUUGAGAGGACUGCCAGAUGUUCAACGACCACUGUUAGCAAGUUUACUGGGAAAUGAUUAUAUCAAUUCAGAAAAAUUUCUAAAAGCAUUACCAGUAUCUCAUGGAAAGACAACAUUUCUGAACAAGGCUGCAAGCAGAGAAAUGAAAAUGAAACGUCGCAGAAAUUUGAUAACCAGUCUUAUUAAAUGGUUAUCAGACUUUGGAGCCAACACUCAAGAGCCAAUUAAUCGUAUAUUAGAUAGAUAUCCAAAAGAUGAACGUUCUAAACGGUAUAGUGAGUUGACACAAAGCAUACAAAGUUACAGAACUGAUCCAGAAUCAUUAUAUCUGAUUUUUGCAAAAUAUCUUCCAUCUUUGUCUAUGCAUGAUGAUGUGCUGUGUAGGGAGAAGAAAUUUGAUGCGGAAUCAGAUAGUUGUAGCACAUAUUCGUCAUUUUUGCAUCAUUCGUCUGCAUCUGAUUCUUCAUGCCCUUCUGAAACUGACGGGUGUAUUGAUGAUAGUCAGUUGUUAAAUAUCAAAAAUGAUAAAGCAGAUGAAGAUAUCGAUGAUCGGAUUCGUAUACACACUACCAAUAAUGAAUAUGUUGAUACCACAUCAUAUAAAGUAACAUCUUAUUGGCCUGAAAUGUUGCUAGACGCAUUUCGGAAGUAUCUGAUAGUUCCAAUAUUUUUGGAUAGUAUUUUAUCUUGUGGUUCAGUAUUUGUCUGUAGUAUAGAAGCUUUAAAAAGUCAUAAUUCGAUCUACUCAGAUUCAGUGUAUCUUCGUUCACUAAUAUACAAUCUUAUCUUGGGAGUUGAGUGGAAUUUCACGUUUCGUUUUCCGGACAAACUAACUGGUGUAGAAAGAGUUCGUCAGUCGUAUUAUGUUACUGAACUUGAUCGAAAAGGCAGUUUUUACAUAAAACGUCGUAAAGUGCUAGUAAAACCGAUAGAAUUACUACCAAACAGUGAGAUAAAUGAAACAGAUCGUCGUUUAGCCUUUCUGAAAGAAUAUUUAGGUUUGAUACACAAUCCUACAAAGUUGUGCAAUAACAGUUGGUUAACAUCUGUCGCUCUACUAAAUGUUCUCAUCUAUCGGAGUAAAUGUUUAUCAACUACUGAUGAUAUCACUUUGUGUCCAGUCUCUCUUACAUUCAGCACGAUUUGCAUAUGUACAUACCUUCUAAUAUCUCACUGUAAUUAUUCUCAUCUAUCCUAUUGUAAACCAAUCAAGAAACAUUUUCAUAAUUGUGCAAAUUAUUUUACAACACAACUGAACACAAAUAAUAAAAAGAAACGUGGGAUUAGUGAUCAACAUAAGUUAAAUAUACACAUUGUACAUGUAUACGGUCAACUGCAGAUUUAUUAUAUGAUUAUAUCUACUCUAGUUAAUCUAUUAAAUUCUUUGGUAACUGACAAUGAAAGAGAAAAACUACCAACUUGUCUAGUUUUACCGCAUGUCUACUGUAUAUUUCCAAGUGGAUAUCUUUUUCAUGAAGUUUAUUAUUGUAUAAGUCAAAUUCAAUCAUGUAAUGCACGUCAUGACUAUGUACGUGAAAUAAUUAUAGAGAAACUAAUGAAUUAUCAAGACAAUAAUAAAUAUGUUAACGAUGCCCUACAUUUGUUUGACAAUUAUUUAAAAAUCUUAAAUGAUGUUCAAUCGACUGUAUCAUUUGUUAAAUCUUCAGCAAAUGCCACAACAACAGUUUCAACAUUUUGUGAACAAUUAAAAUUGUUGAGAUUAAAUAAUGACAAAGAUGACAUGGUGAAAUCGAAUAAGGAGUCAGUAUCCCUUAAAGUGGAUAAUUCGAAAAAUGUAAAUACAAGUAAGAAGAAAGCGGUAAAAAAGCAUAAACCGUUUAAAAAGCAGUUUAAACAGCCAUCACAUGCUGAAAUAGAAGAAAGAGUCGCAAAGUUAAUGCUCGAAAAUGGUUUGUUAGAUUGA